AUGUCCUCGUCAUCCGACGCAGAACGCGAUGGCGCUCUUGAGGAAUACAAAAAGAAACUAAUCGAACACCGUGAAUGGGACGCAAAACUCAAAUCCCUCCGGCUAGAGCUAAAAUCCCUCCAAAAAUCAUACGACCACACCGAAGAAAACCUCAAAGCCCUCCAAUCAGUCGGUCAGAUCGUUGGCGAAGUCUUAAAACAAAUAGAUGACGAACGUAUCCUCGUCAAAGCUUCUUCGGGUCCUCGAUAUGUCGUAGGAUGUCGUUCGAAGGUCGAUAAAUCGAAGUUGAAACAAGGUACUCGGGUUGCUUUGGAUAUGACUACUUUGACCAUCAUGAGGAUGUUACCAAGGGAGGUUGAUCCCUUGGUUUAUAAUAUGAGUUUGGAGGAUCCAGGACAGGUUAGCUUUGGAGGUAUUGGUGGUUUGAAUGAACAGAUCAGAGAGUUGAGGGAGGUUAUUGAAUUGCCGUUGAAGAAUCCGGAGUUGUUUAUACGGGUGGGGAUUAAACCUCCAAAGGGUGUGCUUCUAUAUGGUCCACCUGGUACAGGCAAAACUCUUCUUGCAAGAGCAGUAGCCAGCACUCUCGAAACGAACUUCUUAAAGGUCGUAUCCUCCGCCAUCGUCGACAAAUACAUCGGUGAAUCCGCCCGUCUAAUCCGCGAAAUGUUCGGUUAUGCAAAAGAACACGAACCUUGCAUCAUCUUCAUGGACGAAAUCGAUGCCAUCGGUGGCCGUCGUUUCUCAGAAGGUACCUCUGCCGAUCGAGAAAUCCAGAGAACUCUCAUGGAACUCCUUAACCAACUCGACGGUUUCGACUAUCUCGGUAAAACAAAGAUUAUCAUGGCUACCAAUCGUCCUGAUACUCUUGACCCCGCUUUGUUGAGAGCUGGAAGAUUGGAUAGAAAGAUUGAGAUUCCGUUACCGAAUGAGGUCGGCAGAUUGGAGGUUCUGAAGAUUCAUGCGGCUGGUGUGGCGAAGGCUGGAGAGAUUGAUUAUGAAGGUUUGGUGAAGAUGAGUGAUGGAUUCAAUGGUGCUGAUUUAAGAAACGUUGUUACUGAAGCCGGUAUGUUUGCAAUCCGCGACUACAGAGAUGAAAUCACACAAGACGACUUCAACAAGGCGGUCAGAAAGUUAGUUGAAGUUAAGAAGCUAGAAGGCAAGCUGGAGUAUAAGAAACUGUAA